GGAUCUUAUAACCAAACUGAUAACUACACUCGCUUGAACGGAUCGGUAAAUACCAACCCAAAAUGGUAAAUACCAUUUCCAUUUGGUUAUCCGCUUGAAUUUGAUUAUAGAAAUGUCAAUAUGUUUUGACGUUUUUGUGUUUAUGCAAAACGAAAUUUUGAGACAUGGUAACAUUACGAGAAGUAGAAACACUCAGCAAUUGCAGUAAUGAAGCUGAGGAAACUUCAGACCCUCCAAAGAAACCACCAAAACGUGGUAUUAUUUACCUUUCCGCAAUUCCACCAUACAUGAAUGUGACAAAAAUUAGAGAAUAUUUUAGCGAAUUCGGAACAGUCGGGCGAGUAUAUCUACAGCUAAUGGACAAAAAUAAAGGAAAACCAAGCAAGAAGCACUUAGCAAAAAAGUUCACGGAAGGAUGGGUCGAAUUCGAAAGAAAAUCAGUAGCAAAACGAGUGACCAAACUGCUGAAUAACGCUCAAGUAGACAACAGGAAGAAAUCAAAGCAGUAUGACUACAUUUGGAACAUAAAAUAUCUCUCAAACUUCAAAUGGACACACCUACAUGAAAGGCUUGCAUAUGAGAAGGCUGCUAGAAGGCAGAAGAUCAGAGUAGAAGUUCAACUGGCUAAGAAGAAAAGUGACUUUUUCAAUGCCAAUUUGGAUAAGAAGAGAAAACACAAACAAGUUGUUAAUAAAGAAUAUGAGGAUGUUGGGAAAGGAGAUGAUAGUAAUAUAGAGAGUGAAACUAGUGAAAGUUCCAAGAAUAGAAUGACAUUUGUUGAAUCAUUAUUUUCUUAAGUACAUUGGUAUUUGUAAUACAUUUUUAUUUUAAUAUAAUAAUACAUAUAAAAAAA